AACUCCAUAAAACUGCAUUAACUCUCUUUAAUUUCCUCCAUUCUCUUCUUGCAUUUCAACCCCCAACAAUGGCGAAGGAGUUCUCCGUCCCACCCGUAAUCUUUCCCUCCGGCGGCAACCCGUCCACCACCACUCGCGUCCCCACUGCGCCGUUUCAGCCCAACCGCCCCGCCGCCAGCUCCGCUAUCCCCUUCAUGUCCUUUGACAUUGGAACCUCCGCCCCCUCCUACACCGGCCCCAUAUCCACGUCAUCAUCUUCUGGUCCCAUUUCCUUCGACGAAGAAGAACCCCUCCUCGACGAACUCGGCAUCCACCCAGAUCAAAUCUGGAAAAAAACCAAAUCAAUCCUAAACCCUUUCCGGGUCAACCCGAAUGUCCACAAAGACUCGGAUCUUUCCGGCCCAAUUGUUCUCUACCUAGCUUUCGGACUCUUUCAACUCCUCGCCGGGAAGCUCCAAUUUGGAGUGAUUCUCGGGUGGAUCGUCGUGUCCUCGAUCUUUUUGUACGUGGUUUUUAAUAUGUUGGCGGGUCGGAGCGGGAAUCUAGAUCUUCACACCUGUACGAGCGUGGUUGGGUAUUGUAUGUUGCCGGUGGUGAUGUUGGCGGCAGUGUCAUUGUUCUUGCCGCAGGGCGCGGCGGUCCGGUUUGCGGUGGCGGGGAUUUUCGUGUUGUGGGCGAUGAGGGUUUCGACGAAUUUGAUGGUUUCGCUUGCCGAUGGAGGUGAGGAGCAUCGUGGAUUGAUUGCGUACGCUUGUUUCUUGAUCUAUUGUUUGUUUUCGCUUCUUGUUAUCUUUUGAAAAAAAGUGAAACCUGGGCCAUUUUCAUAGAUGUAAAUGAAGGUUUAGAUUGAUUUUAUUUUGUUUUAUGGUUCUUGAAGAAAGGAGAAGUGGGCUAAUUGAUUGGAUUACAGUUUUUGUUAUAACAAUAAUUUGUAUUUUGAUCGAA